ACAGUUCCAGUGAAGGGUGCCAUGUCAAAGGACACAUUUCCGUUCACUUCUUCCUCACUCCGCUCCCUGAGACUGGAGCAGGAGCUUCAGGAGUGGGAGGAUGCUCGGCAAGCGUUGGCUCAUAGGAGAGCCAUGACAAGGGCCCCGCUGCCCCGGGCCCCCAGGCCUCCUCCCAGGCAGCAACGGCUCCAGGAGGUCCGGGCCCCUCCACCCCAGGUCCGGUGCAGAGACACGGCCGUGCACAACACCUUCAUGUGGGGGGACAUGAAAGGAGUGUAUGCGGUGCUGAAGGACCCUGCGAUGGUCAAUGCCCUGAUGGAGACGGUGCAUGAGGAGAUGCUGUGGGCUCCAGAGAUGGGCAUGUGGACGCUGAGCUCCAAGGUGAAGCAGACUUCAGCAUUACGUCUGGCUGCCAGCAGAGGACACACAGGAUGUGUGGAGGAGCUGCUGUUCCGUGGGGCUGAGGUGAACGCCGAUCCUGGAGGUAACACGGCCCUCCAUGAUGCCUGUAUGGGCGGCCACGCGGCUUGUGUCCAGCUGCUGCUCUCUCACGGAGCAGAUCCUGACCUGCUGGCGGCAGAUGGCAGCGCUCCUCUUCACCUCUGCACCUCCGCCCAGUCAUUGCAGUGUGCUGAGUUGCUGAUAGACGGAGGUGCAGAGGUCAGUGUGAGGAUGAGGGAGUCGAGGCUCACACCUCUGCACGUGGCCGCCCGCGGCCUGGAGGAGCACGUGGAGCUCUUCCUCAGACACGGAGCAGAUGUGUCAGCCACAAAUCAAGAGGGGGAGACCCCUCUGAACGCUGCAUGCUCCGGUGCCGAGAGGCCCUCUGAGGCCGGCCGCUACUUACGUGUGAUUCAAAAGCUGCUGGAUGCAGGAGCUGAUCCCAGAACUGCAGGCAGGAAGCAGCACACCCCUCUGCACAAUGCCUGUGCAAACUGCAGCCACCGAAUUGUGGACGUCCUCCUGCAGCAUGGAGCCAAGGCAGAUGUUACCAACUGUGCAGGAUACACACCAAUGGACUGUCUGUUACAGGUGGUUGAAGAUUACCCGGGCCAGCAACCGGAAGCUGUAGCACGGUCACUUCUGAACCAUGGAGCUCAGCCUGUUUCACCAAAGAAGUUGAAGCAGUGUGUCCUCUCUCCUGCCACUCUGGAGGUGAUGCUGAACUCGUACACAUCCAUCCCUCCCUGUGAGUGGAUGGACUCUCUGUCCACUGAGCUGUAUGAGGAGCACCGGCCGUUCUUCGACCUGGUGCGUCAGCGGAGCGGCCAGCCUCGCUCUCUGCAGCAUCUCUGCCGAUGUGCUUUACGCCUGCGCCUCGGAGGCCGAUGUUUCGCAGCAGUCAGUGAACUAGACAUUCCCAGCUCUGUGAGGGAUUACCUGCUGCUGUGUAAGGACGGGACGCUCCAGUAACUUCAUAUUGUGUGUGUGUGUGUGUGUGUG